AUGCCACCGAAGAAGAGCAAGAAACCAACAUCACUGAAAGUCCCGGAGACGGAAUCGGCGAGGAAGAAGCUCACCGUCGCGCAGCUGAGAAACGUUUUAGUUUCGUUAGGUUUGUCCGUGGACGGAUUGAAAGCGGAUUUGUUGUUAAGAUUGGAAACGCAUCUUUUGGAGGAGAAGAAGAAAGACGAAGAGAAGGGGGGAGAAGUGGGCGCGAGGAAACGAGCUCGAUCGGAGGAGAAGAAGGAGAAGGAGGAGGAGGAGGACAAAACCGCCGUUCCCGAGAAAGAAGAAGAAUUGAAUACAGAAUUGGGGGACACGUUGGGAAAAUUUUCGCCAAAACCACAACCAACCGAAGAACAAGAAGGAGCGGCGAAGAAGACAAAGAAGGCGAAGGUGGAGGAGGAAAAUGGUGAUACGAUCGCAAAAAGAGAGAAAAGCGCGAAGUCGUCGAUGCCGCGAGUAGAUUUAACGCAGAUUGGCGCGUACGAGCGUUUGCGCGCGAGACGAGUGGAGAUUCGCUACGAAAAUUUUCCGGCGGAUGCGGACGAGGCGCUGGUGAGACGCGUCUUUGAGACGUACGGCGACGUAAGAGAGAUUUUCAGCUCUGGUUCGAAUGGCGUCGUGAGGUUUCAGACGCAAGAAGCGGCCGAAAGCGCGUUAGCUGCGUUGGAAAAUGGGUCGUACGUGAUGGACGGGUGCGAAAAAGGUGUGCGAGUUAGAUGGGCGACGUGGGAGGAAGACUUGAAGUCGAACGCGACUGAAGUGGAGUUGGAUUUACGAAAGUUUGUCGAGGAGGAGUGCGACGAGACGACGAGAAGUUCCAAACAGAUUUGGAUAGGCGCGUCGUCGAAAUUAGCGAGCGAUGAGCUAGUCAAGGCGUGGCUGGAACGGUUCGGCGAGGUUGAAUCGUUCAAAGCGUUUAGAAAGGAGAAGCAUUUUUCGUUCUUGGCGACGUAUGCGAAAGAGGAGGAUGCGAAGCUGUGUUUUGACAGCUUAAACGAGAAACAGCCACCAGGUUCGUUGGUAUAUCACGCGCCUUUAAGGGUGGACUUUACGAUUGUAGACGAAACGACGAGAAUGAGUUUAGAGAAAAUGGCGCAAAAAGUAAUCAACCCGCAACAACAACAACAACAACAACAACAAAGUCCAGGCGGCAAGGCUUUAUUGACUCCGGUUGUUAAAACAACGGAGAGUCCUGCGAAGAAGCAAGAAGGCGAUCACAUGAAACGGUCAGACUCUCGAGACGCCAUGCCUCCUGGAAUGGUCGUGGAACCGCCGUCUUCUUCGGAACCGACUACGCCCGAUGUCAUCGCCAGGUACCUCCGAUCCGUGUACUCGAACGGUAAAAAAUUACCGAGACGGGGUCAGUUCGACCCACCAAACGUACAUCAUUAUGGACCUCCGUCUGAAAAACUCUAUGUCUCGAGCAUACCCGCGUGUUUUGAUAAAAACGCCGUCGCGCCUAUGUUUGAAGCGUUGGGCGAGGUAACCGACGUGCACAUUUUAUUCGACCGCCAUACAAAAAAACACAAAGGCAGUGGCUUUGUCACCUUUCGAACGGUCGAAGAAGCGGAGCGAACGAUCGCUUUGCUCGACCAAAAUUACAUCUUAGACAACAGAGACCCGAAUCUACCGACGAACAAGCCGAUUUAUUUCAAGUUUGCAAAAGGUAAUCAGCAAGCUUCCGCACAGCAACAUGUGUUCCAGCAAGGCGCGCCGCAUCAAGGAUAUCAACAUGGAGGAGGAGGAGGAGGAGGAGGACAAAGCAUGCAAAGCAUGGCGAUGCAAAACCAGCAUCAGUAUUUGCAAAUGCAGCAGAUGCAACAAAUGCAACAACAACAACAAAUGCAGCAGCAGCAAUACUGGCAAAUGAUGGCGCAACAGCAGCAACAACAACAGUUUCAGCAGCAACAUCUACAACAAGGCCAACCGUUCAUGCCGCCGCAGCAGUUUCCACCGCCUCAGUGA